AUGGAUCAAGCAGACAUUCCCUCUCUCCUCUCCCGCCUCAGCAGCGAUGAAGAUGCCAUGCGCAAGAUGGCAGUAUUCAAGCUCCAAUCAUCAAUCAAUGACCCUGCCUUCGCCGAUCUCUUCAUUUCCUCGGGCGGUCUCAACAUCCUGCGCCGGUUGAUCAUGACCACGGGUGGUAACACACUCGCAUACUCCCUACAAUCGCUUUCUCGUCUCCUCGAAGUAGAUAUGGGCUGGGAAAUAUUCGAGUCCAGUGGCAGUGGAGAGUUGGUUGAGCGGCUCGUUGAGCUGAUCGUCACCCAUCCGCUGGUUAACAUUCUACGCGGGGCUAUGAGUAUAUUGGUCGCUAUCGUUUCACAUUCACAGAGUGCCAGAGGAGCUGCAAUGAGAACGCCUGGAGCGUUUGGGUUCCGUGCAUUGAAACCAGCUGUUGCCGUAUACCCUCAAUUCUUCGAAAUGGUCGUCAGUCAAUUGAGUAGCGCAGAUCAUGCUCUAUGCGCCAAUGCAUUGAUGCUGCUGAAUGCCCUGAUGAGGGAUGCCAUUUCGAAUGACAAAGAUGGAGGGAAGACCGGUGGGACAGUCGAAGAAUGGCCGAAGUUUAUCAAACGAUUACAGGAUCUGGGGGUGAUUAAGGCGGUUUAUAUAUUGAUGCAGAGCAGUUCUUUGCAGGACUUGGCGCAUCCUCUGCUCGAAUUCCAAGCGUUGACAAAGGUCCUGCUCAAGAAGUGGAGGGAUGUCGCCGUUGAUCUAGAAAAGCCGGAACAUAGGAGGGCGUUGAAAGGGUUGCAUCUGGCCAGCGCCCCGGAGAGGAAGGAUUCUGCCAGCGGCACCACCAGGUUAGAGGGGUUGGUUGAGGGCAAUACGAGGAAGGCGAGUAGGAAGCAUAGUCCGGAGAAAUGGCGAAGAUUAGGUUUCGAGACCGAGAGCCCUACGUACGAAUUUGAGCACACAGGUUUCUUGGGCAUGAUGGACGUGACAGAUUACGUACGGAAGCAAGAGGAUACUUUUCAGAAACUUCUUAUGGAGCAGUCAUCACGGCCUAUGCACCAGAGAUGCCCGUUUGCCACGGCCAGUUUGGCUUGUACUAUGAUUUUAUAUCAGCAUUUCGAGGUAGAGAAGUCUGAUGUUGAGGACGCUAAAAGCUACUUGGUAUUGGAUGGGAUGAAGAAUUACGACAAGAUAUUUCGGCCCCUGCUCUUGCAGUGGUCAAGAUUACAUGCGGCUAGUUUACAGACAUUCUUCAGGUUAUGGAAGGCAACUGGGGCGGAGCGUGAUGAUUUUGACAAAGUUGCAGAUCUGGUUCGGAUUUUGGUCGAACAAGUAGUUGGACAAGCGUCACGGACCAAAGACGUACAUGAUGUUGAAGAAGAAUUGGCCGAGUUCGAAUACCCCCGCUUGCGAGAGUUGCAAAUGGAGUUGCUGGAAUUGACAUUCGAGGAUGAAUGGGGACAACAUCUCCACCAAGUCCGAGAUGAGCUCAAGCACGAGGCUUUGCAAUUCGUCAAAGAACAACGGGUACGGUGCCUCCUACAGGGUGCUUGGUUUCCUAGGAAUAUCCAGCAGAAGGCCAAUGCCGGCGAGGAUGCCUAUGCAGUCCGGAAUGGGAAACCCCAGUCAACAUUAUGGAGAUAUGUCAGGCUCUCACAUAACCGACGAUUUCUGCAUUACGCAGACUUCGAUGCGGAGCGCGACCAUGAGCCGGCCCUCGACGAAUUACAUGAGAAGAUAGACCUCUCUACUGUCAGCUCGGUUGUCUCUAACGUCUCUGCAUCAAAUGACGACGCCUCAAGCACCCCGAGCACAUUAACCGCCAAGACGCCCUCAAAUACACAGAAAUCUAACUCCACGACCAAAAUCACAAUCAACAGCUACACAGGCUCGGCAGACCAGAAGAACAACUGUUCACAUAACGAACAGGCUGAACGGGCAAUAUUAACACUCAUGCCAAUGACACAUAGCCUUGCCUCGGAGUGGCUAGAUGGACUUCUGAUGCUCCUGAACCAAACCCCUAUCACGGCCGAGACGAACAAGCUAGUUGGCUUGGUGAGCGAUUAUUCAUUGAAAAUCAGGCUACUGAAUGUUAAGCUGGGUGAUGAUUUUGCAGCAGAACCUGGGGCGGGAGCUGUGCCGAGUCGCGAGGGAUUGGAUGAGGAUUAUUUCUAUGAAGUUUAA